GCUCCUCGAUGCGAAAUAGAACCCCUUCUUUGGUACUUUAAGAUGAUUGGUGCGGCUCCGAAUACCUAGUCACGUAAAUAAGAAUUGUAUAAAGCGUGAGCAUACAUAUGAUCAACAGAACUAUAUCCUGAUUAAAGACAUCAUGGCUUCAUAUCUCAGACGUCUCGCCCUGCUCCUAGCUGCGGCCCAGCACGCCGGCGCUGCGGUAGUGUUCACCGUCCCUAGAGAGGCGCAUACUGGAGGAUAUAGAUAUGCACCUCUAGACCCAGCCCCGGUUGGCAUUUCUUUCGAAUUCUUCGCCUUCCCGUCCUAUUUCAGCAAUGUCAGUGCCACCACCCAGUGUCUUAGCAAUUGGAAGGACCUCACAGGCGUCUGGCCACCGAUACGCAUAGGAGGCACAACGCAAGACCGAGCGCAGUACGACUCCAGGACCUCGGCAUACGUCGUCUAUAGCGUCUCUAACCCGGCCGAUGCGCCGGCAAGCCUUACCUUUGGGUCCAAGUUUCUGACCUUGGCGGGAUCCUAUGGCGGCAGUGUGGUGGUCGGACUAAAUAGGGGGAAAAACAACAUCCAGAAUACGAUCGAUGCUGCUAAGAUCGCCGUCUCUGAGGUGGGGAACUUGCUCGCUGUCGAGCUGGGGAACGAACCAGAGUAUUAUGCUAGAAAUGGCCAGCCUAUCGCUGGAGGAAGCUGGUCGCCGGCUGCAGAUGCUGCUUCGCAAAAUAACUGGGGCAUCUUGGUUGGCUCGGCCGUGAAUAAGGCACCAAUCAUCCAAGCUGGGAAUUCCAACGACUCUCCUCCGCAAUGGGGUGCGGCAGAGUUAAUCGCGACAGAGAACGCCACGGUCAAGCAAUAUGUCAAGACAUAUGCCCAUCACAACUACCCUGGAGGGAGUGUGACAUCACUGAUGAGCCAUAGAGGUAUCUCCAGCAAUCUACACGUCUUCGACGCCGACAUAGCAGCUGCCCUGAAGGAAGGGAAGCCGUAUGUGUUCGGCGAGACGAAUUCCGUAUCGGGAGGUGGAGCUGCUGGAGUGUCGCCUACUUUUGGAGCAGCGCUCUGGACCAUGGAUUAUGUUCUACGCGCCAGUUAUAGCAACAUAUCGCGGACAUAUUUUCAUCAUGGGACGGUAGGAAACUGCCAAUAUUGCUUCUGGGGUCGAUAUAGCAUGGGGGCACCCUACUAUGGCGCAUACGCAGCAACCGCAUUACUAGCCAAGGCAUCAUUCCUUACGGCCCUUGACGACGGUACUACUAACUACGCAGCCUACGUCUCAUUUGAUUCCAAGGGAGCUCCGCUGAGAGUAUUGCUGUAUAACUCAGACUACUUUAGCGGAAGUGGCAGUCGAUCCAGUCAAUCCUUCGAACUUGGUGGGUUGACGGGAAGUGCGGUGAAUGCCAAGAGGUUGACGGCAGAGAGUGCUAUGUCUAGGAUAGAUCAAAAUGGUCUGGUGUCCUUCGGAGGGCAGACAUUUACUAACGGAGAUUGCACCAUGGCGGGCGCUGAGGCCGUCGAACCUCUCACAGUAACUAAUGGAAAGACAACGGUGACGUUGAAGGCUAGUGAGGCUUUGCUGGUGUAUUUGCAAUAAUUUUCUAGAAAUUCAUCAAAAUAUCUUCUAUUAUCGAAUCUUAUCAAGUGAGACGCCUGUUUCCUCGAUGUUGAGUUUGCUCCGUGCUCCAUUGCAGCAGACUACCUAGGGAGAUAGGGUACAUGUAUGUCUAGAAGUUUCACUUGUCUUGGAUUGGUACUUCAGAGCCCGUCGUCUUCUUAU